GUGUGUGCCAUCUUUCCGCUCCGUGUAUGCAUGCAUCCCUCUCCCCGAGCAGCUGUUUGUGUUGUGCACGCGUGCAUUUGAGACUGCACACACGCAUGGCCGUCAUCCGGGUUGCGCUCGUGCAGCAGAUGCCAGAGAGGGAGAGCGCGCCGCUAACAUCACGGUAAAUCAAAGGUGAAGCCAGGGCAGAGAGGAAAGACGCCGAGCAUGGCGUCCGCGUUCGGCUCCAGAACUCUAAGCAAAGAUGAUGUGAACUACAGGAUGCAUUUCCGCAUGAUCAACGAGCAGCAGGUGGAGGACAUCACCAUCGAGUUCUUCUACAAGCCACACACCAUCACCCUGCUCACAUGCACAGUGCUCAGCCUCAUGUACUUCGCCUUUACGCGAGAUGAUGGAAACCCUGACAAUAACGUGUGGGUGGGUCUCAUCCUGGUCAUCUCCUUUUUCUUGGUCAUCAGCGUUCUGGCCUUCCCAAACGGUCCGUUUACAAGACCACAUCCGGCAAUAUGGCGUAUAGUGUUCGGAUUGAGUGUGCUGUACUUCCUCUUCCUGGUUUUUAUCAUCUUCCUGAACUGGGAGCAGGUCAAGUCUCUCAUGUACUGGCUGGAUCCCAAUCUGCGCUACGCCAAACGGGAAGCCGACAUCAUGGAGUACGCUGUGAACUGUCAUGUGAUCACGUGGGAGCGAAUCCUGAGUCACUUCGACAUCUUCGCCUUCAGUCAUUUCUGGGGUUGGGGAAUGAAAGCUCUGCUGAUCCGCAGCUACGGCUUAUGUUGGACCAUCAGCAUCACCUGGGAGCUCACCGAGCUGUUCUUCAUGCAUCUCCUUCCUAAUUUUGCGGAGUGCUGGUGGGAUCAGGUGAUCCUGGAUAUUCUGCUGUGUAACGGAGGAGGGAUCUGGCUGGGAAUGACCGUCUGCCGCUUCCUGGAGAUGCGCACGUAUCACUGGGCCAGUAUCAAAGACAUUCACAGCACCACGGGGAAGAUCAAGCGUGCCGUUCUGCAGUUCACGCCUGCUAGUUGGACGUACGUGCGCUGGCUCGACCCAAAGUCUUCCUUACAGAGAGUCACGGGAGUCUAUCUGUUCAUGAUCAUAUGGCAGCUGACGGAGCUGAACACGUUCUUCCUGAAGCACAUCUUCGUGUUCCCAGCAUGCCAUGCCCUCAGCUGGUGCCGGAUUCUGUUCAUCGGGGUCAUCACUGCUCCUACCGUACGGCAGUAUUACGCGUACCUGACAGACACGCAGUGCAAGCGGGUCGGGACUCAGUGCUGGGUGUUUGGGGCGAUCGCUUUCCUGGAGGCGCUGGCGUGCAUUAAAUUCGGACAAGACUUGUUUUCCAAGACGCAGAUUCUCUAUGUGAUUUUGUGGCUCUUGUGUUUGGCUUUCAUCACGUUCCUGUGUCUGUACGGGAUGGUGUGGUACGCCGAGAACUACGGGCCCCGACAGAAGAGCUUCUCGGAGUGUGAGGACAGCAUUUACACGGAGCUGAGCGAUGGCGUGUCUGAAUGCAGAGGGGACUUUGAGAUGGACAGCACGACGUCCUCUUCCACCAGGAAACGGCGGGACUCGGGAAAUAACCGAAGCAUCAACGGCAUGGAGAAAUAAUGCCGUUUCUGAAAGGCUUUUAGGCGGGAACUUUUGCACAUGUGUCGCUCCUGUUAACGGAGAGAACGUCAGAUGACUGUGAUGACGAAGGAUGAGAUUGGCUCAGGUUUGGUCCAAACAUUUCAGUGGUUUGCAGCGCUGCGACACCCUUUGAAAAGGCAAUACUGUGUGUCCGUUGUUUAGUUAGCGAGCUCACUUUACCCGUUCAACUACAGAGACCGGUUAACCAAGUUAGAUCCCAAGCAGUGCUGUGCGUCAUGGUGUUUUCAGUCGCAUGCGUGACUCGCAACAGUGCUGGAUUUUACUGUAUGCAGACGGUUUCAGAUUAUAUUACUCAUAUCACAAUGUGUCUACAAAUGAUCACGUAUUAUAAAAUCAACAUGAAAUCGGAAUUGACCCUUUUUACCUUUUUAAAACGCUGAUUGUGCAUUUUGCUGGUGCAUGUUUUAAAUAUUUUCUUUUUGUGAUGUCAAUCAUAAAAAUGUAAAUAUAAAGUUGGGGUUGUUAAGAUUUUCUGAAAGAUGUCUCUUCUGCUCAUCAAGGCUGAAUUUAUUUGAUCAAAAAUACAGUAAAAAUUCUGAAACAUUAUUAGAAUUUAAAACAGCUGUUUUCUAAGUGAAUAUCUGUUAAAAUGUAAUUUAUUUCUGUGAUGCGCAGCUGUAUUUUCAGCAUCGUUACUCCAGUCGUCAGUGUCACAUGAUCUGUCAGAAAUCAUUCUAAUAUGCAAAUUUGCUGUGUACAUUUGAUACGUUUUAUUUUUCAUGAUUCUUUGAUGACUAUAAAGUUCAGAAGAACUGCAUUUGUUUGAAAUUUUGUAACAUUAUUUGUAACAUUUUAAAUGUCUUUACUGUCACUUCUGAUCACUUUAAUGCAUCCUUGAUGAAUAAAAGUAUUAAUUUCUUUAAAAACAACAACAAUCUUACUAACCCCAAACAUGCAAACGCUAAUGUACGUCAGAUAAAAAAGGUCAAAUGGUUUGCGAACAAGGUUUCGUGUUGACUUGAUGUAGUUAAGGCGCUCUGUUGUUGUGUUUUGGCCAGUAUUUCCCCCAGACUGAUUGGAUUUGCUCUAGAGUUGAAUGUUACCAGGUUAAGCUGCUUUAAAGGAAUCGUGUUAGAAAUGAAUGCAGGUUUAUCAGCCUGGAUGUCACCGAAAGCACAUGGUUUUUAGCACUUUCACAGUUUGAUGAUGUCGUACUUGAAACGCAGGGUGUUUUAUCGUGUGGUGUUUUGUUUUAGUGCGUUUCUGCUUCUCCAGUGACGUUCAACAGCUGCUGCCGUUUUCAAUGUGCUCACUAGAGAGAAGUGCGUUUAUGGAAGCUUAUUUGCACCAAAAAAAGGUAAUUUCGACUUUUUAAUCUCACAAUUCUGCCUUUUUGUAUUUUAUUUAUUUAUUUUUUUUUUUUUGUAAAGAAUUUUAAGACAUAAACAGCAAGAAAAAAAGUCAUAAAUGUGAGAUUUUAAAAAAAUUCUAAUUGUGAGAAAAAAAAUGUUUUUUUUUUUAGUCUUAUUUCAGCCACAUAACAAAGUAGUAGUAGUUGCAACUUUUUAAUCUCACAAUUCUGCUUUUUAUUAUUUUUUAUUUUUAAGAAUUGCAAGAUACAAGCAGAAUGAAAAAGUCAUAAAUGUGACAUUAAAAAAAAAUCUGAGUUGUGAGGGAAAAAAAAUGUCAGAUUUUUAUUAUUAUUAUUAUUUUUUAUUAUUAUUUUUAUUUUAUAUUUUGGUAAAAGCUCAUUUCAGCUACAGAAUAAAAAUACAAGUAAUUGCGACUUUUUAGUCUCACAAUUCUGCUUUUUAUUAUUUUUUUAAAUUGCAAGAUAUGAAUAGCAAGAAAAAAGUUAUAAAUGUGAGAUUCAUGAAUUGUGAGGGGGAAAAAAUGUCAGAUUUUUUUAUUAUUUUUUAUUUGUUUUGGUUAAAGCUUAUUUUGACAUUGGCAUAAA